AUGGCCUCGGUUCAGCAGAUCGUCAUGCACCCCUACGUCUCGCAGCUUCUCAAGUUCUGGAGCACCACGGUCGGCCGUGACAAGUCGGCGCGUUCCGUGCAGUACCUCUCCCGCUUCCUGGCCUGGUACACCCUGAGCCAGGGUGCUCCUAAGGAGACGGUCGCACGCUGGUCGUCGAUCAAGUCGAACAUUGGUCUCAGCCGCAAGCUGUUCCGUAUCGGCAAGUUCCUGGAGCACUUCCAGGCCGCGCUCAAGGCCACGAGCACUGCGGACCCCGUGCUGAAGUACACUGCCAUUGGCCGUCAGCUCGGCUACGCCUGCUACCUCAUCCUUGAUGCCCUGCAAUGGGUCCACGGCGCCAAGGCCUACGUCUUCGAGAAGGAGACCAUCCAGAAGAUCGCCAAGAACGCUGCCCGCUUCUGGCUCGCUGGUAUCACCUUCUCGCUCAUCAGCGGCGCGUACAAGUCGUACCAGCUCGCCCAGCGCACCAAGCUCGCCCAGCGCCCGCGCGCCACGGCCGAGAAGGAGGCCGAGCGCCGCGUCGAGCUCCACCAGAUCGCUGCCGAUACCAAGGCCGUCCGCCUGCAGAUCCUCCAGGACUGCUGCGACUGGGUCAACCCUGGUUCGAGCACCGGCUGGAUCAACACCAACGACGGUGUCGUUGGUGCUGCCGGCACUCUCAGCUCGCUGCUUGGCGCUCGCGCCCAGUGGAUCAAGGUCAACGGCGCCCCGAAGAAGUAG